CGGGUCCCACCUCUCGCUGCCCAGGGCCAGCCUGCGCCAGUCCCUGUCCCCAGAUCGCGGCUCUCAGAGGUCCCUUCUGGCCCGAGCGCCUGCUUCUCCUCCCGCGCGGUCCUCUGAUUCACCUGCUGCCAUGAAGAUCGCAGUGAUCGGGCAGAGCCUGUUCGGCCAGGAAGUUUACUGCCACCUGAGGAAGGAGGGCCAUGAGGUCGUGGGCGUGUUCACGGUCCCAGACAAAGAUGGGAAGGCGGAUCCUCUGGGCCUAGAGGCCGAGAAGGAUGGAGUGCCAGUGUUCAAGUUUCCCCGCUGGCGGACGAGAGGACAGGCUCUGCCCGACGUGGUGGCGAAAUACCAGGCUUUGGGCGCUGAGCUCAACGUCCUGCCCUUCUGCAGCCAGUUCAUCCCCAUGGAGGUCAUCAGCGCCCCCUGCCAUGGCUCCAUCAUCUACCACCCAAGUCUGCUCCCCCGGCACCGAGGGGCCUCGGCCAUCAACUGGACCCUUAUUCACGGAGACAAAAAAGGGGGGUUUACCAUCUUCUGGGCGGACGAUGGUCUGGAUACUGGGGACCUUCUGCUCCAGAAGGAGUGCGAGAUCCUCCCAGAUGACACCGUGAGCACUCUGUACAACCGCUUCCUCUUCCCGGAAGGCGUCAAAGGGAUGGUGCAGGCUGUGAGGCUGAUCGCUGAGGGCAGAGCCCCCAGACUCCCUCAGCCGGAGGAAGGAGCCACCUAUGAGGGCAUUCAGAAGAAGGAAACAGCCAAGAUCAACUGGGAGCAGCCAGCAGAGGCCAUUCAUAACUGGAUCCGCGGGAAUGACAAGGUGCCAGGUGCCUGGACAGAGGCCUGUGGGCAGAAACUGACGUUUUUCAACUCAACGCUGAACACCACGGGCCUGGUACCCGAGGGAGAAGCGCUGCCCAUCCCGGGAGCCCAUCGGCCGGGGCUGGUCACCAAAGCCGGACUCGUGCUCUUCGGGAAUGACGACAGAAUGGUAACGGCGCUGCUGCGGCCACGCGUCCACACUGUAGGCUCAGGCCACACACACUCCUGUCCAGGGGCUCGGGCCCCGCAGUUAGACCCCAGGCUGCUCUGGAGAAAACAGGAGAACAUGAGACCGCGGGCUCCAAGCAUCCGGAAAACUGCCCCCUGCUGGUUCUACAGAGUGUCCAAGUGCAACCGG